CAGUCGGUUGCACAGUGAACACACACGUUCGGCGGAAAUCUCCAAUCACAAAUGGCGCGCAAAAUUCAAUAAAAUCGAACGCCUGCAAUAACUGUAACAACAGUAACCUGAAUCGGAACUGAAAUCGAAAACUAAACUCGAGCUUGUCCUACGCAUACUUCAACCUAAUUUUCGUACCGUAAAUACCUGCACGUUUAAUCCAUUUAGAAUAUUCACUUGGGCGGUCCUAAAUGAAACGUGAACGUGAUUUAUGUGGCCCCCCAAAAAAUAUAAGCAAAUAACCCCCAGUGAGCAGUCAUAACUGAAUACGUAUUUCUAUACGAAUGCCCCGAAUGUUCUACAUAUACAGACAUGGAGAUUUACUAUAUAUUUCUUUCUGAUUUGAUAUUCUACAAAGUGAAAUAAAACAAAACGAAAUUAAUAAAAAUAACAGCAAGGCACAUGGUCAAGUGGGCAGAGGCAAACCAAUGCCGGUGAUAAGAGAGCUGCCCACACUGCUGGGCUUGGCCCCGAUAAGAAUUUCAAGAGUCGUGGGGCGCCAAGUCGUAAAUUAAGUAGCUAAAAAACGCGAUAGAAGACACACACACAGCGAACUAAAUAGCCAAUUCGGCGCAUAAUUACAAUUAUAUUAAUUAGCUGUCAUUUCGAAUUGUUCAUUGUGCCAUAUUGAUUAAAUCAAGUAAUAAAAACAAAAAACCACAAUGCCAAAACGUCAAAAUCAUGAUGGGAAUUCCGAAUUGGAUUUGGAUGUGGAAUUGCCAUUGCUUUCGUCGCAGGAGCACCCCAAAAUUCCUUUGUGUAUCAUGCACGACACCGGCAAACCGUCCCCCAACACCAACACCAAUACCAAAACCAACACUCCCCCUACACAGGCAACGCCACAAUCGCCGGUGGCCAUAGCUGGAAAAGCACCUGGCGGAGCUUCUGCCGAUGAUGAGGAUGAGACCGAUGUUAUUGGUGAUCUAAUCGGUCACUAUGGCAAAUGGCAACUGGUGAUGACAGUUCUGUUAUCAUUGUUCCAAAUACCCAAUACAUUUCAUAUCUCAUCAUCGGUUUAUCAAGCAGCCAAUAAGGAUUUCUGGUGCCAGAGGCCAGAGAAUUUGCAACACUUGCCCGUCGAUGUCUGGCGCAAUAUAAGCAAUUCCAGUGACAAUUGCCACCAACGGGAUGACAUCAAUUGGAGCCAAUUGGGCAACGAGACGACGCUGACACAGUUGCAGCAACUUUCAAAUGGUGCUGGCAACGAUGGCGAGCUGGUGGCAUGCCAGAGCUGGGAAUAUGAGACAAACGAUAAUGUGGGCAACACCUGGACAUCGGAAUGGGAUCUGGUGUGCGAUAGGGAACACUUGAAAAAUGUUGCCGAGAUGUUCUUUCUGCUUGGUGUGGCAACAGGUGGCAUCAUUUCCGGCUAUCUAUCCGACAAGUUUGGUCGCAAAACAAUGCUCUUCAUAUCGGCUGUGCUGCAGACCAUAUUCGGUCUCUGGCUGUACAUUUGCAGCUCAUUUAAUCUCUAUCUUGUUUUGCGUGCCCUUCUCGGUUUGGUAUCCGUAUCAGUAACCUAUUCGGGCCUAAUAUUAGCCAUUGAGUAUGUGGAUGGCAAAUGGCGUACCAUUGCUGGCAUGUAUAAUCUAUUUCCACUGCCAAUUUGCUACAUGAUCAUCUCCGGCCUCGCAUAUCUAACUCAAGAUUAUCAAAAUCUACAAUUAUGCAUUGGAUUGCCGGGCAUUUUUCUAUGCUUUCUAUGGUUCGUAGUGCCCGAAUCACCCCGUUGGCUUUUAGUCAAGGGCCGCAUCGAUGAGGUGCGCCGCAUCAUCGAAUCGGCAGCCAAAUUCAAUGGACGACAAUUGCCCGCUGAUUAUCAGCUAACACCGCCUACACAAGAGAGCAGCUCACAGGAUUUCACCUAUCUAUUUCGAUCCGGUUAUCUGAGACGCAUCUCCAUUUGUUUUCUAUGUAUUUGGUUUACCAUGAAUUUAGUUUACUAUGGCAUUAUUCUAAAUAUGAGUUCGUUUGGCGGCAAUGUCUAUUUGAAUUCGGCGCUAGCUGGCCUAGUGGAAGUGCCAGCCAUUGCGGUGGCCAUGUACAUUAUCACCAAGGUGGGCAAAAAGUGGCUUUUCUGUGCCACUUUGAUCUGUUCCGGCGUGGCCUGUUUUUGUGCUGCCAUGACUGAGGGACGCGAAGAUAUGCUUUGGCUAAAAAUCACAUUCCUGAUGAUGGGAAAAUUCACUAUUAGUGCAGGAAAUACCAUAAUGCCAGUGUAUACAGCGGAACUAUAUCCAACGCCAAUUAGAAAUGUGGGAGUCGGUGCUUGUAAUUUGGCUGCUGGACUGGCUUUAAUCCUGACGCCCUAUUUGUCCCUGCUUAAUAAAAUCGAAGGUCAUUUGCUAAUGACGAUACUUACCGCUUGGAGCUUUUUUGGUGGCUUUGUGGUGCUUUUCCUGCCAGAGACGGCUGUAAGAAAUAAAACCACUGCAACUGCAUCAGGCGGAAGCAGUCAACAAAAUGCCAAUGCCAAUGUUAAUGCCAGUGCCAAUGCGGCCAAACAGGUGUAAUAAAUCCCCUAUCUCUCUCGCCCUCCCUAGUAAAUAUUUUGGCUGGUCCAAAGUAUGUACAUAAUCAACAGAAACAACAAAAAGAAAAAUAUGAAUAAUCAUCAACUGAUUACUUUACCAACUUUACAACUAUUCAAAUACACCGCCCCAAAAAUGAAUUACUCUACUAUAUUUGACAUAUCCACCGCCUCAGCCACCUUCCUAAAACUUAAAUAAAACGAAAACCCCAAAAACCACAAAAGGAAAUAAUAUAUAUAUAUAUGUGUAUAAACAUAUAUAUAGAUAUAUAGAAUGAGUUGUAUCGAAAUCGAAUGUCCAUCAUAAUGCCAUUUGCAAGGCAUCAGUCAGGCAGGACCUUGUUUUGCUUAGCCAUGUAGUGAGUAUCUGUAUCUUAAAAAUAAAACCGCAACAACAACAACAAAAACGACAAGUAACAAUGGCUUUUAGCUUAUAUAGAAUAAGAAUUUAAAAUCAAAAUAAGAUGAGUUGAUAAUGGCAAUAUUUUCGGUUAUACCGAAACUUAUCAGUUUUACACAAAAUGAGAAUAAAUACAUACAUAUAUGAAAGAAAAUACAAAAUUUCCGUAACCCAUAAUUAAGCUCUAAAAUAAAAAUGUUUAAUAUAUCUUUACAAUGAUGAAAAUCUAUUUAAGCUUUUGAAAAAAGCUGUGUCUUUAUAUUUUAUUAUAUAAACGAUUUUCCAACUUUGAAAGAUGUCAAAAUUAUUAACUUCUUUGUGUAAAUAUGAAGAAAACUGCCAAAAAUUUGAUUGUUGUUGAAUCAAUGCAUGUAUAAGUAUUGUUAAUCUACUUUAAUUACAAAAAAAAAAUCCCCAAUAUUCUUGUCAAUAAUGUCUUGUCAAUAUCUCAACAUGACCGUACACAUAAUCUCGUCGUUUUAUCGUCGUCGUCUAUUAAAUAUUGCCUCCAUAUAUAAUAAUACCUAAAAUAUAUAUACACAAAUGAUUUUAGACAAAAUGUAACAAAUUCAAAUUCAGCGGAAACAACAAAACAAAUCGUAAUCUCUAGUAAUUGUAGUCAAUUAAUCAUUAGUAGGUGGUAUAUAUACUAGAUAUAUAUAUACAUAUAUAUACACGGACAAAAUAUAUGUAAAACUAAAUUAUGGGUCAAUUAUGCACAUACUUUUAAUUCUCGAAAGAAAAAUUAAUCAUCUAUAGAAAUCAAAUUUUCCAAUAUAAUGCAUUUAACAAUAACAAUUUGUAUGUAUAACUCUACUUAUGUAUGUAUAUGUAUUUGUAUGUAUGUAUGUAUGUUGUAGAAAACAAUCACAAUUGAAAACAAAUGAAAAAAAGAAAAGCCAAUGUUAAAAAUUCUUGCUUGUUGUACUUACUACUUUUGUUUAUAAACAAAAAAAAAAAAACCUAAUAAUAUCUUAUUAUUUUUGUUGUUAACUGUACUUACAAAAGUAUAUGCAAAUGUUAAGCCAAAACAGUUUUCGUUUAUGUUUUUGUCCUUUUAGAAUAAUUUAAGUUAAUUUUUGCAAAGACAAAAAAAGAAUCAUAAACAUAUAUAGCAAUAUAAUCAUGUUAAAUCGUAAAAGAAAAAACAGAAGAAAAAUAAAAUUCAAAGUGAGGGAUAAUAAAAAAUGAUUAAUUGUUGUACUAAAUCCAAAAUAGUUACCAAAGCGAAAUCAGAAAAUAAAAUGCAAUUAUAGUGUCAAAAUGAGAAUAUACUUAAAUAUAAUACAAUAAAUCAAUAAAUAUGUGGAUAAAAAUUAA